UUAUGUUGUAAUAAUUCUUCAGCAGUGAUCAGUGAUCCAAUAAACACUUUACUCGGCAUAUUUUAGAUUUCUUAAAAAAUAUCAUUGCAUAAAAAUGCCUGGUACUGCAUAAUUUAUGUUAUUUCAUGUAAUUUUUAUUGCUGUGUAAUUGAAUAUUCAAUUAUAAUUAUCUCAACUGAUGAAUAAGCUGAAAAUUUAUUACUUCUGGGUCAAGGAAUUUUUUUUAUAAGUUAUGAAUUCUGAAGAUAAUAUCGCUCGUUAUAAAGAACAGUAUUGGAAUAAUAUUUCAACCGUCAUUUCAAACAUUCUCCUACCGAGUAACAAGAAACGAAUCUAUUUUGAACAAGUCUAUUCGUCGGUUUACAAAUGUGUUUGUGAAGGCUUUUCUGAGAAUUUGCGAAUGGACAUUUUAAACUUGUGUAUGUCCUAUUUACAUUCAAUUAAUCAUGAAUUGGACAAUAAAGUUAGUGUUUUGGAUGAACCACAAAAGGUUAUAGCAACGGUAGAAGAAUUGAAUCAGUGUAUGGAUGCUUAUUUGAUUUCAACUGAGAAGAUCUGUUCAGUAUGCAGUUAUAUGAAUAAAUUGCAAAGAGAAGACUCAAAAGAGAAUUUGCCCCAGAGUGCUCUACUAGAUUGCUUUUGUCGAAUCGUGUGUGACCAUAGGUUACAACAUAUUAUCAGCUUCAUAGAAAACUCACCUCCCUUCACAAUACAACCGACAGAAUUGAGAACCUUCUUUAGAAAUUUGCACUUCACCAGCUCGGGACAAUAUGCGAAACUUUAUCCGGAACUAUUUUCGCGUUACAUUGCGAACGUUCUACCGGAAAUGAGAGAGCAAGACCUGGAGGCGCACAUACGAGAACUCUCAAGACUACAGGCUGACUGGCGGACCAAUAUGGAGGCUCGUUGUCCCCAGCAAGGACUCAAGAGGCCCGCUGAAGACUGAACUCAAACAACGACUGACUAUGACGUAGCUUUAAAUCAUAAGAUGAUCAAUAAAUGAUUCUGUUUUUAUUUGUUUUUUACAUCAUGAAGUGAUCCUUGAUGCUCAACCUUAUUAGUUGAAUUUUUUAACAUACAUGACUUUUUAUUGGAAAUUAAAAACAUUUUUUGUCAUGAGUA